AUGCUGAAUAUGGUCAUAUCCGCUCACAUUCAAUCGCUCGACACUCCAUUAGCAUGCGAAAUUCUGCGCUAUCUUUAUGUAGAUAACGUGCUAAUGACUGCACACAAUGAAGAGAAAGCAGUCCAGAAAAAUCACGAGUCCAAAAAACUUUUCGCUGCAAUCGGUAUGAACCUGAGAUCUUUCAUCAGCAAUGCAAGUGCAGUCAACGCACAGCUAGACGAAUCGACGCGACAGAGCGCCUUGCGGUCCAAUGAAACUGCUUGGAGUGAGCUACAACCCAAUAGCAGACGUCUUCUCAUUCUCCGUGAAUAA